GAGGCAGGAUGUUCUGGUGUUGACACCCUGGUUGGCUCCAAUUGUCUGGGAAGGCACAUUCAAUAGAGACAUCCUGAAUGCCCAAUAUAUGCAGAAGAACCUGGUCACUGGAGUGGUCACUUUUGCUGUUAAAAAAUACGUCCAGUUCAUAGAAGGGUUCAUGAACUCUGCCAACAAGUACUUCCUUGCUGGGCACCAGGUGAAUUUCUACUUGUUCACAGACAAUCCUGGGCAGAUCUCUCACCUUCAGUUGGCCCCUGAGAAUCACCUCUUUGUUAUUCCUGUCCAGAAUCACUCACAGUGCCAGGAUAUCUUCAUGAACCGUAUGGAUAUCAUCAGUAGAUAUAUCCAUAGCCAAUUCCAGUAUGAGGUCGACUAUCUCUACUCCAUAGACAUUGAUGUCCAGCUAUUUGAACACAUUGGUGUGGAGAUCAUUGACACACUGGUGGGGACCAUCAGCCCCUGGCAGUGCACCACACGUCGUGAGAGCAAAUUAUAUGAGACACGCAUUGAGUCACAAGCUGCUAUCCCUAAAGGAGAAGGGGACUUCUAUUAUACAGCAAGCUUCUAUGGAGGAAGUGUGGCUGAGGUCUACAAACUGACCACAACUUGUUUUAAAGGGGUCAUGGAGGACAGAGAAAAUGGCAUUGCAGCUAGAUGGCAUGAUGAGAGCCACCUGAAUAAGUAUCUCCUAUAUCACAAGCCCACGCGCCUGCUCUCCCCGGAGUACUACUGGGAUGAAGGGCUAGGCUGGCCCCACUUCAUUCAGGUGAAGAGAAUGUGCUCUGCGAGCAAAGACGGCAAGAAGUAA